UUCCCCACGAUAUUUACAUUUAUAUCUUGAGUACAAAGGUAUCACUCCCAAAACAACAUUGUCAAGUCCAGGCUUGACUACAGUAACAGUAAUAUACGGGUACCAAAGCUCGGGGCUAACAGAUGUACCUAAACAGGUUUAUAGUAGACCUACAAACUUAACCGACGGCGUUGUUCCCAUAUUGAAGGAGAAUGGCAGAAACGGAAAGCGAUGAGGUUGAAAUAUACGUUGUAAAAGGAGACAUAACGGAACAAAAGGUUGACGUGAUAGUGAACGUUACAUAUGCGUGUGGUACGAAAAGCCACACAGCGGAAAGGAUUAUGCAGGCUGGUGGUCCGGAUGUGCAGAAAUUGAUACAAAAUGACCAGGACACUGUCAAGUUUUCACAUCCAGGACGACUAAAUGCAAAACAAGUUGUUCGUGUUUGUUUACCAGACAUCGGACCAGCUCCUUCAACAUGUAAAAUCAAUGAUGUAAUAAGCCGUGCGGUACUGGCGUGUCUGCAUCAUGUCAACCAUUCCUAUGAAAGCAUAGUGUUUCCGGUGAUAGGAUUCGAACUGUACUCCCCAGAUAUCAUUGCUCAGAGUAUGUUUGAAGCAGUUCUGGACUUCGAAGAGGAACAUACGUCAACGAGAGACACACCAACGCUAAAAACGGUCGUCUUUGCAAUAUGUACCAGCUCUCAGACUUUUGAUGACUUCGUUUUAGAGAUUUUCGACGAACAGUAUCAUCAAAAUUACGAAGACGCUAACAGUGCCAUAACUACAUCCCUAGAUGCGUCCGAUUUAGAAGAAGAUGGAGCAAGCCUGAUGGACGAGACGGACUCGCCCGCUGGUUUGUCUCGGCUUCCAUUUAGAGACUCGUUCCUCACCUCGGACGGACCGGUUCUGCCGACAUCUGGACGCCCUAAAGGACACCCUUCUCAACAGUUACGACCACUGUCUAAGAAGAAGAAAAAGAGGAAGAAGAAAAAUAAACGGCAACAACCUUCAAUAUUCUGCCCGAUAGUUAUUGGAAAUAUUGCUCACCAAGUAGCAGACGUCAUCGUCUGCUCUGUUGGUGAAAACCUGAAUCUUUCAAGAGCUGCUGCCGCCAGCGCCGUCCUCAGAGUUGGAGGCAGAGAUCUUCAGAAAUACCUUCACGAGAAAUACCCUCAUGGGUGCGAGCCAACCCAAAUCGCCACGACAAUCAGGUGCGGCUCGUUGCAGUGCGAGGACGUGUACUGUGCUAUUCUUUCAAAGAAGGAAAACGCUGUUCAGAAUAUCAAGGAUUUGGAAACCGUGAUCACAAAAUGUCUGUUACAUGCACAUAACACAAAACGAAACAGUCUGGCAUUUCCAGCUCUUGGAACUGGGAAAUUGAAAAAGAAGUAUCAGGUGGAUGCAGUGGCAAUGUGUAUGUUUGAAACAGUCCAUAAGUUUGCCCUCGAACAUCGCCGCACAUCGAUCAAAUCGGUGAUGUUCGUCCUACGAGAAAGUGACAAGUCCGUCCAAGAGGCUUUCCGUAAAGAAUCAAAACUUCAUCCAUCCAGAACAAAUACCAUGGCAUCUUUGACAACAAACGUAAAUAGAGCAUCACUUGUAAUUGAAGAUGCGGAAUGGCCAGCAACGUGGGAAUCGAUGGGAAAUAAGACUUACGCCUUGGUUAAACUGAGCGAAGAAUGCUUAGAAUACGAAAAUAUACUGAGCAGUUUCGAGACUUCCAUGCCAGAGGACACGUAUCUGAUUAAGGUGGAACGCAUUCAAAACCAGAACCUAUAUACCAAGUAUAAAGCGGCCAAAAAAACGAUGGAGCGAAAGAACUCCAAGAUUACGAAUGAAAACAUCCUAUGGCAUGGAACAAACGGGGAAGUCGUUGAAUCAAUCUGCAUCAACGGUUUUAACAGAUGCUACCGCGGGAGGAAUGGGACCAGGUAUGGAGAAGGAACCUAUUUCGCCCGAUCAGCGAGUCUCUCUCACGGCUUCACCUCGCCCGAUUACCAAGAAUACCGGCACAUGUUUCAAACGUGCGUUUUAACGGGACAGUUCACCACAGGAGAACGUGGCAUGUUAGAGCCUCCCUGUCUUCCAGACGAGGUCCAAAGAUUCGAUUCCACAGUGGACAACCUCCAAGAUCCCACGAUCUAUGUUUGUUUUUACGACACUCAUACCUACCCGCAGUAUUUAAUAACCUACUCGCAAGAUGGACCAACAGCAACAUGUUCAGUAAUAUGAUCACUCACAAUACCGAUGAAGGCGACAUAAGAACUGUGGUUGACUAAAUGUUGAAUUAAAAGAUUACUUUAUAAGUGAUAACUUAUAUGAUAAACAGAAUUGCUACUCGUGUUUUUCAAUAUUAAUUCUGUAUCUGAAGUUUCAUGAAAAUCUAAUAAGAAAUGAAGUCGGGCAAGUGGUUAAAUAAUAAUUUUUAAUUUGAGUAAUAGUGGCCUUGACCUGUGACAGAGAGACGAAAUACGAACUCGUUAUGGAUAUAACGAUUCUAUUCAUAUUGUGAAGUUAUAAACUUCUUUUUUUUUAAUGUUUUUGCAUAAGCCCUAUUUAAAUUCUGUGUAAAUAUAUUCAGUAUUUUUAUCAAAUCAUUUGUAUAAACGUGUUAAACACAUAAA